CACUCUGUCUGUCACUCGUAUUGAACUUUAUUUUUAUCACUUCAAUUUUCGUACAAUUCCUUCGUCAGCUGCGAGGAUAACUCGCAUCGCGUAAAUUGAAUUCCCCUGUACGUGCAGGGGACAAACUCAGCUGCAGUUGUAUUCGGUCGCUCCGGCACCAUGGUGGUGACGAAAGAUACGUUCCUGCCGACGGAGGAAGAACUUACGGUACCGGAGAUCAACCUAUCCGGACCAGCGCUCCGUGCCGGCGCCUUCCAUCUGGGCAAGUACUGUGAGGCGCAAAACAAUGAGUUUAUGUUAUGCCGCCAGGAGCUGGACGAUCCGCGGGCCUGCGUGAACGAGGGCAAAGCGGUCACUAACUGUGCGUUCGAGUUCUUCCGGAAGCUAAAGAAGACCUGUGCCCAGGAGUUUACGCAGUAUGCUAACUGUCUCGACAAAAGCAGUGGCGAUUUGAAUUUCAAGCACUGCCGCAAAACGCAGGGCGUAUACGACAAGUGCGUCCUGGACAACAUGGAUCUGGAGCGUCCCGAUUAUGGAUAUUUCUGCCGCGCCAAGGUUCACGCCACGGAACGUCCGCCGCCACCGAAGAAAGAAAAGGCAGUGUACCCGGACGCAACGCCGGGACUGCCGGAGGAUUAUCCACGGCCCGAGGCCAAAUACGGUUCCCGUUUCCACUGGCUCAACUAGGGGUGGGGUGGGAGCGCGUGGAAGAAGGGGUUCUACACGGUACGGUUUAGCUGAAAUGGUUCUAGGCAAAGCGGCGACGAGAGCUCGCUGAACGUUGUUUGAGUGUAGAUAAGGAACGAGAGAGAGAGAGAGAGAGAGAGAGAGAGGGAGAAGCUCCAGCCCGCACGCAUGAGGGUGUAGAAAACAGCACACUCAACACCAUAAUCGACCAUCGGAUGAAUCGUUUCUUUAGCUACAGUAAAAAUCAUUGCUUAAAACAAC